CUAAACUUUCCCAUACUCCAAACACCCAUCUGAGUCACAUCACGCCGAGCCUCCCACGCGUGUUAAUCGCAGCUGUCUAAAUCUCUCAUCGCCGUCGUCUGUCAACAGUCAAGGAGCUGCUUUUAGAAGCUGUAGGAAGUUUGUUCAAGUAUACACAAAGCUUCAUACUCAACGAGUAGGAUUGAAGUGGAAAUGGCUACGAAAGGUGGAAGGAAGAAUCUGAAGCGGGCGGUUAAUGAUGAGACAUUAACUCUUCAACCAGGCCAAAGCAUUAUGCAAGUUGUUUCUUUACGAGGCAACAACCAAAUCGAGGUAAUUGAUGCCAAAGGAGAAAAAGCAUUGGCAAUUUUCCCAGCUAAAUUUCAGAAAAGCAUGUGGAUAAAACGAGGUAGUUUUGUUGUGGUUGAUGACAGUGGGAGAGAAGAGGCUGUUGAGUCUGGAAGAAAAGUGGCUUGUGUCGUUCUUCAAGUUCUUUUCCAUGAACAAGUCAGAGUGUUACAAAAGUCUCCAGAAUGGCCAGAAAUCUUUAGAUCAGUCAUAGUGGAUAGUUCUAAUGGGAACUCUCAGAAAAACCCUUCAACUACAAAAGAAAAUGAGGAGUUGGAUUCUAGCGAAGAUGAUGGGUUGCCUCCAUUGGAGGCCAAUACAAACAGAAGAAUACACACGGUAUUGCAGUCAGAUACAGAGUCGGAUUCUGAUGUAGAAGAUUCUUAAGCGUGUUUGUGAAUGAUUCCGAAUUUAACUUCUCUUUUGCAUGCUGUUCUCUUCAUCUUGCAGCACAGAUUAAGGUUAUAGGAGGGUCACCUAAAAGUUUUGGGUUUGUAUUGUAAUUCUUAAGGGACAUGUACAAUAUUGGCACUACAGCAACAAACUCUUCUAUCUAUAUCUAUUCAAUACUACCUAGAAUGCAUUUAGCCGCUC